GAGUAGAGCUGCAUGGAGGAACAGUUAUUAAGAUGAAAGGAGAAUGGCAACUGGUAAAUGAUUGAAGCUGGGUGAAUAUUGGAAAAUGUCCCUAUAAAGAAUUAGGGUAUUUUUAACAGUAAAUAUUAUUGACCUAUUAAUAUACCUUGAUGGGCUUGAGCAGAGACUCUGAAGCCAGGUUGCCAGAUUGAGAAAAUAAAAAUACAGGACACCCACUUACAUUUGAAUUUCAGAGAAUUAAUAAAUUGUUAGUAUACGUAUGUCCUCAAUGUUGCAUGUGUGUAUAUGUUGCAUGUACACAUUUUUGUUUUUUGCGGAAUGAUCUGAAUUUCUUCAAAUGUUACAUUGUAACACUUCACUCCUGAAUACCUCAGUAUCCAUCUCUCAGUAGAGACAUCUUUCCUAUCAUACUACCACUACCACAUCUACGGAUAGCUCAUAUUCAAUUCAUGAUCAAAACUCUCCAGUUCUUCCCAACUGUCUGUUAUAACACGGAAGGGCAUGGGAUCUGCAGUGGAAGUAGAAGGAAGCCUGCCUCAAUUUCCUGCCUCAUAAAAUGCUGAUAAGAAUACUAACUACCUCUUAAGAGGAUUAAAUGAAGACCCAGCACAGCUGAGCACAGCAAGAAGCCCCCCCCCAUAAAAUGUUAGAUAUUACUAUUACUUUUGUAUUGCUUAUACUGUGGAUGUUAUUAUGAUUGACAUUUCUAGGGAGCAGUCCCCAAACGUCCUCCCCAACACCCUUGGAAGGGCCUGAUGGGGUUUCCCGGGUCAGCCUCUCUUCACCCCACCCCACCUCUGUGGAUUGUGACGUCGACCGUGGGGAGGGGAUGGCCGGAAAUCCCGCUUCCUGUUGCAGAUAAGCCUCGCUCAGCCCAGCCCACCCCAGACCCUCUCCCUCUACUAUGUCGCAGAAUCAAGUCCCCCAAAGGGAGAACCUGUACACUGAGCCCUCCCCGCCCCCUCCCGCCUGCCCCCCAUCACCACGUAGGGCUCCCCACUCCCUCAGCCCGCUGUUCCCGAAGACCAGGUCCAGGCCCAAGCUGCUCCAGCUGCAGGACAGCCCCAACGACUGGGGUGGGGGGCCAGGCGCCCAUCCCUGAGGCUGGGGGGCGCGGCUCCGCCCUGCCCCUGCAACUCGACCCCGCUGCAACCCCCAGCUCUGACGUCUUGGAAAAUUCCCCCCUGCCCCGGCCCCCGGGGAGGGGGUCCAUGGUAUGAAAUGGGGCCGAGACCCCCGGCUGAGGGCAGAGGGACCUGCCAGAGGUGAGCGCAGAGCUGGGGACUGGGUGAGGAGGGGCCGGGGGUCCUGAAUCCUGGGUCUGAGAGUGGGGAGGGCUGAAAACUAAGUCUCCAAGAUCGUGGGGAAGGAGGGAGCAGGGGCCAGGCCCCCUGGGUCUGAGGCAAGCCAAGGGUGGGGGUCCAAACUCCAGGGUCCCUAAGUGCCACCGGCUCAGUGUUGCUCUUUCCCAUUUUCCUGGCCCGGAACAUUCAGAAGGAACAUCCAUGGAUUUGUCGAACUGGGAUGGAGCAUCACCACAGGAAGUGCCCCCUGGGAACAGGCUCUCAGGGCUGGGUAGGCUGCUGGGGCUGAGGCUGUGGAGAGGAGGCCCAGGUGGGACCCCUGCUGACCCCUGAGCUGGCCUUACCACUUUAUUGCCUGCAGCGGGAGUCGAACUUGGCUUCUAUUUCCCUGAAUUGGCACGUCAAGAGGACACGCUGACAGCAGAGACAUGCUGUAAAGCUACCACCUUGCCCCUCGCAGGGCUCCCACAGUUGGACUGGCGCUCCGCCUUACCCCACCCAGAAGCUCCAUGGGGAACGGAGCCCGCCCCUCAGGCCCUUCAGUGGCCUGGAGACUGGACGGACCUGGCAUGUCUCGGCUCGGACCCUCGGAGUCCCGCCUCCCAGGCCCUGGGCCCAGCCGGCCGCGGCCUGGGCCCCACGCCCUUCGCUGGUUCUGAAGGGGUGGUGGGGCUGAACUGUCCCCCCUCGGCAGGAGCGGCCCCUUUGUGGUCGCCUGCCCAAGCCGCGGGGGGCUCCACCAGCUGGGACUGCUCGAUCGGCCCCGAUCGCGCCACCUGCCCGGGCCUCAGCCUAGAAACGCGCGCGGACUGUAGCGUUUCGUGGGGCGGGCCUGCGGGCUCGGACUGUACCACCUCCUGGGCCCGGGGGCUGAAUGCGGACUGCACCACCCCUUCCGAGCGGUACCAGAGUUCAGGUCGCACCACUUCCUCGGAACCGAGCCAGCAGUCGGAUCGUUCCACUUUGACUUGUUACCGCAAAACUAGCCACCGAGGUCCUAUUCAGCUGUGGCAGUUCCUACUGGAGCUGCUCCGCGACGGGGCUCGUAGCAGCUGCAUCCGCUGGACGGGCAACAGCCGCGAGUUCCAGCUGUGCGACCCCAAAGAGGUGGCGCGCCUGUGGGGCGAGCGCAAGAGGAAGCCGGGCAUGAAUUACGAGAAGCUGAGCCGGGGCCUGCGCUACUACUACCGCCGCGACAUCGUGCUCAAGAGCGGUGGGCGCAAGUACACCUACCGCUUCGGGGGCCGCGUGCCGGGCCUGGCCUAGCCGGACCGCGCGGGGCCCGACUAA